GGCGGACUUGACCGGCUGAGCUCCGGGAGCGCUGCGGGUCCGGUGCCGCUGGUGAUCUGGCACGGCAUGGGAGAUAGUUGUUGCAACCCCAUAAGCAUGGGUUAUAUUAAAAAAAUCGUGGAGGAGAAAAUCCCAGGAAUUUAUGUGCUGUCUCUGAAGAUAGGCAGCAACUUAAUUGACGACAUGGAGAACAGCUUCUUCAUGAAUGUCAAUAACCAAGUCAAGAAGGUGUGUGACCAACUUUCUAAAGACCCAAAGCUUCAAGGUGGCUACAAUGCCAUGGGCUUUUCACAAGGAGGGCAGUUCUUGAGAGCAGUGGUGCAACGAUGUCCAUCUCCACCGAUGUUCAACCUGAUUUCCAUAGGAGGUCAACACCAAGGUGUGUUCGGUUUCCCACACUGCCCUGGGGAGAGCUCGCAUCUCUGUGACUGGUUGAGAAAAGUGCUGGAUAUUGCGUACACAGAUAAGAUUCAGCAGCUCCUAGUCCAGGCCCAAUACUGGCAUGAUCCGGUGAAUGAGCAGCGGUACCGCAAAAGCAGUCUCUUUUUGGCUGACAUCAAUCAGGAGCGGGUUAUCAACGAGACUUACAAGAAAAACCUGAUGACUCUGAAAAAAUUUGUGAUGGUGCGGUUCCUCAAUGACACAAUGGUAGAUCCUCCUGCCUCUGAGUGGUUUGGUUACUACCGGAGCGGCCAGACCAAGGAGACGGUUCCUCUUCAAGAGACCACGCUCUACAUGGAGGAUCGCCUGGGCCUGAAGGAAAUGGACCAAGCAGGGAAACUGGUGUUCCUUGGAGCGGAAGGAGACCAUCUCCGCUUUUCCAAAGAGUGGUUCUUCAAGAACAUCGUGCCAUUUCUCAGUGAUGCUGCUGGUGAUGACAGUCAGGCUGUCCUAUCGUAGGGUUUGGUGGCUGGAGAUGAUUCUCAUGGCAAGGCGGGAUACGCUCCAUAGAGACCUAUCUUGAAGACAGGGCUGUUUCUACUAACCUGCUAGGCUACUGUUCCAUUUCAGUAUUAAUAGUUUAGGCAUGUUCAACUGCAAGUAUUUUUUUG